CACACUUUUUAUUGUAAGGUCAAAUCAAAACUAGCAAAAAUAUCACAUCCUAUACUACAGGCAAUAUAGUGAAGCUAGUUUUAUUUUCCCAAGCAAUACUUCCAUUUAAUAUUAUACCAAAUGUUUUGAACCAGUUCUAUUCCCAAGUAUUUAAAAAAAAAACUUUUUAUUCAAUAAUUGUUGUUGUAGGUUGCAGACUGCAUCAGUCUUAUGUCACUUGGGCACUUGGAGUCAGUACCAGUAGAUACGCACGUAUUCCAAAUAGCAUCACAACUUUACCUGCCGCAUUUGAAGUCAGCUAAAACUGUCACAACCAAAAUCUAUGAUGAGAUCGGCGAACAUUUCCGGCUUCUCUACGGCAAUGAAGCUGGCUGGGCCCACACUAUUCUGUUUUGUGCUGACCUGAAAAUGUUCCAAGACAAGGGGAUUAAAAGAGAAAAAAUAACAGACAAGAAAUCAAAACGGAGAAAAACAUGAUGAGGUUGUCUGUGAUAAAAAUUAGCAUACUUAUUUUAUCUGAAUACUGAUUUGUUGAAAGUACUAUCUGGAACCCUGCGUAGGUUAAUUUUAUACAAAAUAUAUGACAAAAAUUA